AUGUCACAACCUGCGCUCAAGAUCAAAUUACGGCUCAAUGGUCCGUCACCAGCCAAAUCAGACAAGGGAACCUCAUCGCCAUCGUCGUCCAACAGUGCUUCCACCAGCUCAUCGCCAGCACCCACAAAACAGCCAUUAGAAGACGACACUGGAUCACCCAGCAAGAAGCCCAAAGUGAGCCGAGGUGGACGACGAUCAGCGCUAGCAACAAAACCCAAAGAGACUACAGACGACGAUGGUACAGGCGUAGAUGAUAGUCAACCAGCAACACCAGCUCGAGGACCCUCUUCACGUGUCCAUCAUACAUCGAGCAAGGCAAGAAAAGAUAUCCUGAAAUACAAAGAUGUCAAGGCACGUCGGUGGAAACAUACGCCAUUGACAUUUUACACAUUGGAUGGAGGAGAAAUCCAGUUGUCUAGCUGGCGAUCAGAUGAAUCAAUGGCACUAAACAAACGCAAGACUGAACCGGUGACAGUAGCCGAGAUUGAUCAACUAUUCUCUGCAGCGAGUGGCGAACGUGAUUUUCGACCCUUCUUGUGCACACACCAUGGCUGUUCAAAAUCUUUUACGUCCUAUGAUCAACUUCAGACCCACGAAACCAAUAUGCAUGGUGCCAAGAAACUCGUUUGUGGCAUCGAUGGUUGUCACAAAAGCUUUGUCACUCCUGGUCAGCUCACAAAACAUCGCAAAAUGGUUCAUUUUCGAGCAGCUCGUAAGGCUAAAUUGCAAGCGGCGGCGGCAGCAGCGGCGGCGGCUGAAGAAGCGAGUACACCAGCAACACCAACAGGAACUAAUAAUGCGCCCACACCUACCAAUGACGAAGAUGCUAACGUGGAUAUCUCUGAAGAUUAA